CCGACCGCUUGACGCCAUGAACGGCGGCACUGUGGUGGUAGUGGUCUUGGCCGCAGUCUGCGGCGCCUUCGUGCGCGCGGCCACCGGCUUCGGGGGCUCCAUCCUGUUUACCUUGGUCUACAGCGUGUGCGGGCAGUUCGAGAUUGUGCCGGGGCUCGAAAGCGCGGUGCUCAUGGUCUUGCUGGGCACGGUCUUUGAGAUGACCACCUCUCCGGUGCUCUUCGCAGCAGUGGGCAGGAAGGCGCUGCCGCUGUGGCGGAGCCAGAUCUUGCUGUCCGCCUUGUGCCUGCCGGGCACCAUCCUAGGCAGCUACCUCUUGGUGCAAACGGCGGAGAACCACGAAACCUUGGACCUUGUCAAGACUGCGCUGAACGUCCUCUUCUACCUGGUGGCCGUCUACAAACUCACCGGGGAGUUCCGGAGCGUUUUCGCGGCCCCACCGUCCCCCGAGCAGGUGCCUGAAGCAUCCCACUAUCAGGAGUUAAAGGACGAGGAGCCCAAGAUGGCGGAGCCGGAGGCUCCCGAGGAGGAGGAUCGGCGGCUGUGCAGGCAGCAGGGGCUGCAGCUGGUGGCUUUGGGCUUGGGCAGCGGGUUCCUGAAUGGCCUGGUGGGCCUCCCCGGGCCCUUGAUCAUGGUAUACUUCGCCUCAGCCUUGAGCAGUGGCAAGAUCAGCAAGCAGAGCUCCUUUGUGCUGACGCAGAGCUUCUUCUUGGUUACCACGUUGAUGCGCCUGGCGCCAUUGGUGCACAACACCGAGACCCAGGAGCUCUGGCUGGAGAAUUGGCCCCUGGCCGCGGCGAUCCCGCUGCCGGCGCUGCUGGCGCUGUGGCGGGGCUGGGUGGAGGGCAAGCGCUUCGACACCGCAGGGCUGCUGCGGAGCGUGCUUGCGCUGCUGCUGCUGUCCUCAUUGAUGGGCUUGGGCCUUCUGGAGGCCAAGCCGCUUGGCCUUGCCGCCCUGAGCCUCACGAUCUUCUGGCUGGCGCUGCUGAGCAUCCGGUACUCUUAUUACUUGAGGUCCCAGCAGCUGGGAGAGAUGCCACCGAAGAUUGAGGUAGAUAGGAAGGUGCCACCGGGUGACGUAGAUAGGAAGGAUGAGGCUGAGGCGGUUUAAGCCGUUGACAAGCUCAGCCUGAUCCAGUUAGCGUUCGGGGGCCGACUGCAUGCUUUAACUCACUUGCCCAAAGCGAAUCGGCCUUUUGACCUAUUGGGUUUUCCCUUUUUGGCC